AUCGAAGCGCUCCACAUGUUAGAACAGCUUUUAAUUGGCCGAGUGGUUAAUUGCAGUUUACGUUUCAUCGUGAAAAUUGUCAUUCUUAUUAGAAAAUGUAAAAUUGUGAUUAAUUUUUAAGUGAAACUGUGAUAUGUUGUAUUGAAAUCGUCGUUCUCCAAAGCAACUGUACUCGAAAGUUUAGUCAGAAUGAAUCUAAAAUCCGUACAGACGUUUCUACUAGUAAGCCUAAUAUCCACUGCCUUAGUGUCCGCGGGAAGGGACUUUUACAGAAUACUGAACGUAUCCAAAUCGGCCAGCCUGCACGAAAUAAAGAAAGCCUACCGAAAACUCGCCAAAGAGCUGCAUCCUGAUAAGAACCAGGACGAUCCCAAUGCGGCCCAGAAGUUCCAAGAUUUAGGCGCAGCCUACGAGGUCCUCUCCGACGAAGAGAAGCGGAAAAAGUACGACAGAUGCGGCGAAGAUUGCCUGCAGAAAGACGGCAUGAUGGACGGCAGCAUGGACCCUUUCGCCAGCUUCUUCGGAGACUUCGGCUUCCACUUCGGGGGCGGCGAACAGAAGCACGAAACCCCCCGAGGAGCCGACUUAGUCAUGGACGUUUUAGUAACACUCGAAGACCUGUAUACAGGUACAUUCAUCGAAAUCACGCGGAAUAAACCGAUCCUGAAACCCACAAGGGGCACCCGCAAAUGCAAUUGCAGGCAGGAGAUGAUAACGAAGAGUUUGGGGCCCGGUCGGUUCCAAAUGAUGCAACAGACGGUGUGCGACGAAUGCCCCAACGUGAAGCUAGUCAACGAAGAGAAACUGUUGGAGAUGGAGGUGGAGCAGGGGAUGGUCGAUGGGCAAGAGACCAAGUUCAUCGCCGAAGGGGAGCCCCAUUUGGACGGGGAGCCCGGGGAUCUUAUAUUGAAAAUCAAAACGCAACCGCACAAGAUUUUCGAGAGGAGAGGAGACGAUUUGUACACUAACAUUACUAUAAGUUUGCAGGAUGCUUUGACUGGUUUUACGAUGGAAAUUAAGCAUUUAGAUGGACAUAAAGUUAGUGUUGUAAGGGAUAAAAUUACUUGGCCUGGAGCGCGCAUUCGAAAGAAGGGUGAAGGUAUGCCCAAUUAUGAAAAUAACAACCUACAUGGCACUUUGUAUAUUACUUUUGAUGUUGAAUUCCCUAAACAAGAACUUACAGAAGAAGAUAAAGAAGCCCUGAGGAAAAUAUUAAAUCAAAAUUCGAUUAAUAAGAUUUAUAAUGGCCUCCGAGGAUACUAAGCACUUUCUGAUAGGAGUUAUUUUUGGAUUUAUUUAUUUUUUUUUCCUAUUUAUUGAAAGCGAAAGAAACUUAUUUGUAUAUAAAUGUAGAACAAAUUUACGUGUGAAUAUUCAUUUGU